CCCCGGUCUGUCUGACGGACUAGACGCGUUUGUGUAUCAUCAUUUACGAGAGUGUAGUCGUGAUGUGAUUGUGUGUUGUAUAGCAUAUAGAAUACGGGUUUUGCGAGGUGCGAUGCAGCAAUGGUCAGCGUGCUGGAUCCACGCGGCGCUCGCUGUGAUGCUGUUGCCCGGAGUGAGGGCUCCAGCCCGUCCCUGUCCAAGGAACUCGCUCUGCUAUUGUCGCGCGGACCACUUCGCCUGCAACUACGUUCCGUUCCAUCGUUUCCCAGAAACAGAUCCAGAAGUAUGGCACGUGUCAGUGUCGCAAGCUCGCUUGGGUACCCUGGGUGAGGGUGCACUGGAUGGGAGACGGCUGCGGACCCUGGUGCUGGUAGCUUCACAUCUAUACCACAUAGAACCCGGAGCUUUUUCGUCAAUGACGUCAACAUUGGCGUCCUUGGACUUAGCCAACAAUGAAUUCACAGAAAUCCCUAUCGAAGCUCUUCGAGAAUUAAAAGUGUUGAAUUGGCUCAAUUUGCAAAACAAUUACAUUAGCGAAUUAAAUUCGGAUUUUGACUGGGGUUUCUUAUCCGAUUCUUUGAGCAGCCUAUCAUUAAGCAACAAUCAUCUGUAUAUCCUGAACGAAGGUUCAUUAUCGUCACUACAUCAGCUGGCCCAGCUCGAUCUUGACGGGAAUCGAUUACAUGCCGUCAACCCGAAUUCGCUGCCACAGUCAUUGGCAUUGCUUCGUCUGUCUGAUAACAUAUUGACAUACUUCCCAUGUCUAACGUUGGCUGGGUUACCACGUCUACUACACCUUCACCUCAGAAAUAACAUACUAAGACCUUCCUUAAACCACACGUGCAGGGGUGAACGCACCAAAAUAGAGUCAUUAGAUUUGAGUCACAAUGAGCUGGAUGAUCGUUUUGUUCUCAGCUUCCAGCACAGAUUACAGCUGAAGCAAUUAAUAUUAGACUUUAAUGAUUUUACGGCCAUUCCUCCUUUCGUUAUGGACAGCGGUCGGUUAGAGAAAUUAUCAAUUUCUUACAAUAAAUUAAGCUAUGUGUCAGAUGCGAUGAUCCAUGCAUUGAAAAGAGAUUUGGAAAGAUUGGAACUGGAUUACAAUGAAAUAGCUAUUCUAUCAGGUAGUGUUAAGGAGAUGGUGAGACUUAAGCAUUUGUCGCUAGCUUACAAUCACCUAGAAGAGAUCAAUGAUCUUCCUCCAAAUUUGUAUUCUUUGUCAUUGUCCGGGAAUUUCCUGUUGACUUUUCCAGUGGGCUUAAGUACUUUAAGUCCUGCGAGUCUGGCGUAUUUAGAUCUCGGAUAUAAUCAAAUAUCGGUCUUGUCCCCCGAAUCCUUCGGUGUGUGGUCGGAAGCACUCGUAACUCUAAAUCUCAAAGGGAAUAGGAUCACACAGCUCGUGGCGGGGUCCUUCCCUUUAACUUUACCCUUAAGAGAACUUGUACUCAGCUUCAAUGACCUUUAUUACGUAGAUCCAAAUGCUUUUGCAAAUCUAACGAUGUUGCAAGUCUUAGAACUAUCUUCGACUUUAUUCAGUGGAGAAUUUCCAGUGUCUUCGUAUUUCGAUAAUCUGACUUGGCUGAGUUUAGAUAACAAUAACGUUCAUUACGUCUCGUCCGGGGACCUCCAGAACUUUCCCUCACUACAAUAUCUCAAUUUAGAGUUCAAUAAGAUAACAGAGUUUCCUAGUGAAGUCACUCUAACGUCUGAUCGAUCGAACAGACUUAAAGAACUGAGACUAUCAUAUAAUUACAUAAGCAAGAUAAAUUCGGAAUUCCUCUCCGAUUUAGUGGAGUUGCAAAGUUUAGAUUUAUCGUAUAAUCGCGUGUACAAUAUUAGCGAGAACGGUUUCUCGAAUUUACACAAUUUGGUUUAUUUGAGCUUGUCCGGGAACGUUGUGGAGUUCAUAGCGGAACGUGCGUUCCGACGCUUGCCCAAAUUAGAGGCGUUAGACAUGCACGAGAAUAAUUUACUCGUAUUCUCUACGGACUGUUUCGAAAAUGUUUCCAACGAUGAAACAAACUUUUCGGUAAACGUUAGCCGAAAUAGAAUAUCCGUGUUGACCGGCGGGCUGGCCGUUUCAAUAAAUACACUCGAUCUAUCCUUUAAUUUUUUAGAGAGCGUCUCACGACAUUUUUUUGACUCAAUCGGACCAGCCUUGCGACAGUUAAUUGUUUCGCACAACAGAUUAAUGCACCUCGAUAACAUUGCGUUUGGCUUCCUGCCAUCUCUAGAAGUAUUGAUGCUACACGAUAACAGUAUAAGUGCUAUUAAAAAGAAAGCCUUCGCUGAGAUGUCGUCGCUUCAAAUCCUGGAUCUCUCACGUAAUAAAAUCAGCCAAUUAGCUGUAGAGCAAUUUCAUAAUAUGCGACGCUUAAGGCAUCUGCGCUUGGCGCGAAAUGUCCUGCGAUCUUUGCCACGAGAUGUAUUUAAAAACACCAUUCUCGAACAUUUAGACCUUAAUGACAAUCAUAUUGCAAUAUUUCCCAGUAGUGCUUUGGCUCAAGUCGGUUUCACUUUAAGAAGACUGGAACUAGCUCAAAAUCACCUAGAAUAUCUCGACGCGGCGAUGUUCCACGCUAUCGCUUUUCUUCACGAGCUGACACUCGCUCGUAAUGCUCUUACAGUACUUUCGGAUAACACAUUCGCUGGAUUAACCAGACUGCGACAGUUAGACUUAUCACAUAAUCCCGUUAAGACGAAUUUCAAGGAACUGUUUCACAACCUUCCUCGACUGCGCAAGUUGAUCCUCGCCGACGCUGGCCUUAAGAGUAUACCGCAUUUGCCACUUGCUAAUCUAACUGAACUGGAUCUGAGUGGUAACUUCAUGUCAUCUUUUCGGGAGCCUGAAGUGAGGCGAUUGAUGAAUCUACGCGCGCUGAACUUGGCAAGAAAUAAAUUUACGUCAUUGCAACCAGCCAUGUGGGCGGCGUUACCGAAAUUGUGUAACCUUGACGUAUCACAGAACCCUAUAGUCCGAGUGACUCGUGGAUCAUUCGAAGGUCUCGACCGCUUACUACAUUUACGGAUGCCACAGCUAAGGCAGUUAGAGGUGGUGGAGCCCCGAGCGUUCAGGCCAUUAGUUUCUCUUCGGAUUUUGGAUUUAGAAUCGCCCAUUGGAUCGGGUCGAGCAGAAGCAUCCCUUGCCGAUAUUUCUCUAUCAGUACCCACACUGGAAUCUCUCUCUGUUUUGGUCAGAGAAAGUGUUCUCGAUACCCAACUACAUGGGCUAAGAGCACCGAAAUUGCGGUCACUUGAGGUGCAUGGAGUGGCGUUGCGUCGUGUCUCUGUGCAUGCGUUUGUAUCUUUGGGCCAGCAGCGUGCCUUGACUCUACGAUUGCGACGAACUAGCAUCACUGCACUCCCACCAGGUAUUGUGAAACCCGUGGCCCGUGUCCCACACCUGGCACUGGACUUCAGUGCUAACCAGUUAGUUACCUUUGGUCCGGCGACACUCUACCCAAACUUGACUGGUUGGAACCGUCUCGCAACAAAACUCCUCCCAGGAGGCCUCAUACUAUCAGAGAAUCCACUCCGUUGUGGUUGCUCUGUAUCGUGGGUGGGGGCUUGGUUGCGCCGUUGGACAGCUGAGGUCGGAGGCUGGUCAAGAGACGGUCGUGAUGCAGCACGACGUAGCGCGUGCAUGAUAUCCGGGACACUAGUUCCACUCCUGUCUCUGGAGGCAGAUGAGGCGGAGUGUCACGCCAGUGCACUCUCAAGUAGAGCAUUAACACAUCGUCCUCACACAAUGAGAUCAUUUCAAUGGAUCGUGUUAUUAUAUGCUCUGAGUUAGUGAAAACAAUCUACUGUAUGGUGGUUAAAAAUCCUUUACGGCUUAAUCACGCAUUUCUCUAUUUACCCAUUAAAAUUUUUAGAAGAUACAACAAAGAUCGUAUUUAUUUCAAAAAAUUGUCGCCACUAUAAUGAAGACUAAAAUAUUUGUAGCUCCCGUAAAAUACAUAAAGUAAACUAGAUUAAGCCGUCAAGUAUCUUUAACCACUUUUACGCAUUGCGGGAAUCUAAUAACAUAGUGUUCAACUAACUGGUGUUGUGAACUUAAAUAAUUAAUUUACUACUUAAAGUGAUCGAUACGACAUAUCAAAAUUUACGUAUGUAAUCAUUUAAAUUGUGAUUGUUUUUUAUGAAAUGUCAAUUCAAUAAUUCUAUUGUUAGACACUCUGACUUUACUUUCUCGAUACAACCUCAUUUACUUUCUUCAUUUGACGUUGUCCUUGACUUAGAAUAUUGUAAAGCAUUCUAAGCAUUGAAAAAUGUAAAACAAUAGCAAUGAACGUGAAAUUCCACAGUAAAAUAAUAUUUAAGACUAAUGAGGUAUUUACAGUACAUACAAAGAGUUUUGAUUCAUUUCCUGAUGAGUUUGUUUCUGAAACAGCGAUUAGAAAAACAGGAUGUGAGAUAUCAUCGAUCGAUCCAUGAUGGCCUGUAUGUGUUGGGAUAAGCUCAAAUGUCGAGAAGUUUUUUAAUUUUUUUAUUGCCCCGGUAUCAGUUCUCGAGAAGUAUCAAAAUACUAUAAAAUGGGUGCCCAGACGUCUCUCCACCGGCAUCUGGCAUCGUCAAUCACGUACCUAAAACUGACUUUUUAACCUUUUUGUGAGAAUCAGCGUCUAAUGCACUGGUAUCACGUCAAAACAAAUGUCAGACAAAAUGUAUUUACAUACAAUUCAUUAUUGAAAUAAGUAGGUUAUAGUUGCAGAAAAUAAACAAUAUAAACGUCAAAUUAUUUAAGCAAGUUGUCAUCAAGCACAGACGCUAAAGCGAUACAUUAAUGAAAUAAAAAGAAAAUAGUUUGAUUUGUAAAUCGAUUAUUUAUUUUUAUUUUGCGACCACAAAGUCUGCCUUCUGAAUUUUUAUGUACACAUUUUUAAUGAGUUACGAACGUAAAACUCUUUAAGACUUCAAUGCUUAAUCUUUUGAUUUACAAUCAUCCAGGGGUCGUUGCUAGUUAUUUGCAUGCGAGAAGCCUAUUACGACCAGCCUAGACGGAAAGUUGGUCACUGCCUGAAUAUUAACUAGUUACAGCCAUGCCUCCAGGAAUGAGAUGUAAAUUUUAGUCCAAUAACAUCUUUCAUACUUCGGAAUUAAUGAUUCGACCAGAAAGAAGACUUCACAUAAAGAGUUUUUUAUUGCUUAGAUGGGUGGACGAGCUUACAGCCCACCUGAUGUUAAAUGGUUACUGGAGCCCAUAUACAUCCACAACGUAAAUGCGCCACCCAUCUUGAGAUGUAAGUUCUAAGGUCCAAGUAUAGUUACAACGGCUGCCCUACCCUUCAAACCGAAACGCAUUACUGCUUCACGGCACAAAUAGGCAGGGUGGUGUACUCAUCCGCGCGGACUCACAAGAGGUCCUACUACCAGUAAUAAAAUAGCUCUAAGUAGCUCUUCCUACCUUUUUUUACGUAACUUUUACUUCCUAUAUAUGAACUACCUCGGUUACCGUUUGGUAAUAUGGCUUGUAUGUAUUUGGUAAUAUAAAAUGAAGCUUCAGGUCAAUGAAAUUCAGCAUUCGACUUUAUAAUUCUCGUCGAAUAGCUCUGACGUUAGUUGCCAAUGAGAUCCGCUAGCCCUACAGCUGUAAGUGGGUGCUGACCACGAACCUAUCUUCCUGUAAUCUCCGUACUGUAUAACUAAGCGUCUAUUUUUCUUCCCCAUAGCCCACUUAGCAUAACAGGAGGUCGCCAGUCAAAUAAAAAUAUGUAUAAUCAAAUGAAAUAUUCAUUGCGACCAGCCAAAUUUUAUCAGUUUUAAUCUAGUCAAAUUCUGAGCCUAGUUUCUCAAAAAAAUUGUAAUAUUUGUAAAUACAUAAACGUAGCGAUAUAUUUCAUGUGUAAGAUUUUAUUAAAAAUCGAUAUUUAAAAUAAUAUUUCGAGCACUGUUAUUAUUUGUUGAUUUAAUUGUUUAAUUUGUUUUAUAAGAUUGUUUACGGAUUUAUUGUUUUAGUUGUUUAUCUUAAAAAUACAUAUCUUUGAGGGAUCCGAAUCGUGUUUUUUAAAUUCAAUUUCUUAUUCUUUCAGUGUUUCAGUCAUCACAAAUCCCCCGAAUUUAUCGUAUUUCUGUUAGGAUUUAUUAUUGUCUGUGAAAAUAUUUUUUAAUUAAGAUAAAAAUGUACAUAUUACAUAGGUUUGUUAUCUUAAUUAUAAAUGUUAUUUAACUGAAAUAUUAUUUUAAUGUAAGCGCACAUUUUGAUUUCUAACCAUUAUUUAUUUCGAGGGAAAUAAAAGUAUUUUUAUAUA